UGUGGUCGCCUGCUGGUCGUGGAAAAUGGCUCUGGUUUUCAUAUUGCUGAUUCUCCUGCUGGGUUUCGUGGGAUACGUAGCCUAUGUGGUCCACAAGAAGGGCAUAGAUCCCAAGGACAUCCGCAUCCACAGCCUGCAGGACGCUAAGAAGCUGCUGAAGCCUCCACCAUGUGGAAAUGGACCCCACAAAUACUUGGAGAAAAGGGCAUGAGGCCUUGUUUACAGAAACUCACUUUUGGC